UGGAAUGACAUUUGUGUAAGUUAGCUAAGUAAUUCUUAUUAGCUUGUCAUUAGCAAUAACCUUUCCGUGACUAACGUUACUGUACAAAACCUAACCUUGAGAACCACUGCAUCUAGACUGACUCCAGCGGGUUUUUGCAUGCAAAAGGUUUGUGGAGGUGAAUAAUCGCCCAGAGUCAUCAGGUUAAGGUGGCAGUGUGUGUGUGUGUGUGUGUGUGUGUGUCUCUGCGCUAUCUUCCGUGCUGUUGCUGUGGCUGAUGGUCAGCUGCUAACUGGGGUUGCCCCUGCCCCUGUGGUGAAUGGCUGUGAGCAGAGGGGGCGUCGCCUUCUGGGUGGGUUGCGUCUGCAGCCAUGGCAGAAGGCAAGCCAUCGGAAAACGGAGCUGGAGUCUCAGUCAGGGAGUCAACUGGCAGUGGAUCCGUCAGACACGCCCCCUGAGCAGUGCAUCAUGGGCCCUGGUGCCCCCCAACAGCCUGCGAUAUCAGAGCAUUAAGCAGCCGUUGCUGUCCCACCCGUUCCACCAUGCCAGCCAGCCUCAAAGAGGAGUUUACUACCAGGAAGAGUGGGAGGAGUCUCUGAGCGUGUGUGUGCUGGUGCGACAGGGCGAGGCAGACGGCCUCCAUACCCUGCUGGAGAUCCCUCUGUUCGUUCACAAUAAACUAGGAGAGCUCCUCGCUCCAGGGGCUCACAAGUCCCCUGAGUUCUCCUUCCUGUUGACCACGGUGGACGGCAGCAGAGAGGAUGACAUCAGUGUUGGCAGCUUCAAGAGAAACAGCGUUGAUUCUAUGAAGAGAGAGCACGGCUGUUUCAGGAGCCUGUUUGAAGCAGAGAGGUGUCCUGCACCGUUUAUGUAUGGCUCGCAGUUUUAUUGUUUUCAUUGCCCUGGCACAGAGCCGGUAGCUGGCAGCAGGCUGAAAUAUAGGAAGGACAUUGGACAUGGGAACAAGCCUGUGGAGUGGCCUCUGCUUCCUCCCACCUCUCUGUGUAGCCAUGCAGAGAGAGCAGGGGGGGAAACUACUGAAAGAGACAGUGAAGAAGAGGAGAAACUGGCCCUGAUGUAUGAAAGACUGAGGAUAGAGCUUCCAAGUUUCUUUAUGAAGAACCAUGAUUACACCAUGUACUCAAAUGAUGUGGAGUUCAUCAACGGCCUCCUGAAUACCAAGACCAGAGGCCGGAUGGUGUACCAGCUCAGCCUCUCCCUGUGGCGCCUCCUGUGUCUGUGUUACUACGCCAAGGCUCGGCUCGAGGUCCUGAAGCUCACCAAGCACAUGGAGGACGGCACCAUUAAGGCUCGCUGGAGGAUCCGAGGCCUUCCCUUCUACUCUCUGCUGCUGCGCUUCUAUCGCAAAGACAAGUCUCACCUGUACAGGUCAUAUGAUGCAUUCUCUACUUUUUACAUUGGACAUGAUGGACUCAUUCACUGUCAUAAAGUUGAAAAGGUGAUGCCGGAUCAGCCCCCUGUCCUGCCCAGAGUAACUUCACUCCUGGCGGGGGCCCUGGUGGCGCUGGGAGUGCAGGAGCAUCGACCUGCUCUCAACCUGCUGCCCUUCCUCCUGUCCUCGCUGCGACAGAGCAGAAACUGAGCCCAGGAUGACCAGCACAGGAACUCUCUACAUUCUCAACAUAGGUUAAGCUCUGCAUCCUAACAUCUCACAGUGUUGCCCCUCAAUUAAAUACAAAGUCAAGACUUUACACUGAUUUGCCUUCAUCUAAUUUUAAUUUAGCUAUUAUUUGAAAUAAUGAAAGGGGUUAACCUGAACACAGAAGUUGGUUUUUGGGGUCCAGCAGUCACAUAGCCAGUCAGCCGCCAGCUG